UUUGUUUCGUGAACGUUCUUUUCUCUCCCGUUUGAACUCAGCCUUGGCCCUUUUCCUUCUUUUGGCUUCUCUUCCUUUGUAAAUACUUUUAUCCCUCUUCCUUCCUCGCUCUGUAAAUACAACUUCUCACCCACCACUCCUAUCUUUUUUCCUUUUUUCUUUACUUUUUUUUCCUUUCUUGCUUGAACUGUAAAUACAUUUUCUCACCCUUCCAUUUCACACAAAUGGCCAUGCAAGCUCCCAACUAUGGUGCCAGCGGAAGCAUGCCUCCAAACUAUUCUCAAGAGGAGCAUGCACCACUGAUUCCAAAAACCUCAACCGAGGGCAAAUUCACACCAAACGCACACUACAACGACGUUUGGGCAACUGGACUUUUCCUCCUCAACAUUGCUGCCUUCACUGGUCUCAAUAUCUACUCAUUCAAGUCCUAUGCCAACAACCUCGCCAACCCUUUUGUAGUUCUUGAGGAUGGCAGCAGAGUUGCCACCAACGCCUUUACAAUCGACCACUCGCUCUCUGUUUUAGCCCUCACGUCUGUCGCUGUAACCUUUGGAUUGGCUUUUGGCUACUUUAUCCUCAUCCAGCGCAAGACCGCUUUCCUCGUCAAGUUCUCUUUUCUCUGCAGUGUCUUGUUCACCAUCGGCUUGGGUGUUUUACAGAUUAUGUCCGGUAGUCUCUUCUGGGGCGCAUUGUCUGUUGCCGCUGGUGUGGUUAUCCUCUUCUUCUACAAGCUCUGGGCAGAGCGCAUGCCCUUUACUGUUCUGCUCCUUCAGACUGUCACAUCGGUCACGCGCAAGUACCCAGGUACACUCGCUGUUGCUUUCUCAGGUCUGUUUACACAGAUUGCAUGGACCACAUUCUGGGUCUUCUCCUUAGUUAUCAACUACUCUGUGUUUCAACGCAUUUCAAACUGCAGGGCCGACGACUCGGGAAAUAAGAGCAGAGUAGUCUGUGAUAACAAUCAGCUCUACAUGGUCAUGAUCUAUCUCAACUUUGUCAUGUUCUGGAAUACAGAGGUAAUCAAGAACGUUGUUCACGUGACUAUUUCUGGAGUUUUUGGCGUCUACUACUUUUUCGAGGGUUCUGCUGCUGGCGCGCCCGAGUCACCUACGUUGGCUUCUUCCAAGCGAGCCCUUACUACAUCUUUUGGCAGUAUCUGCUUUGGCUCCUUGUUGAUUGCCCUUCUGCAGACUCUACGAUACAUUCUCAACUCUCUCAAAUCCGAUUCAGACGAUGGCUUCAUGCAGUUCCUGGCGAUGUGUGCAGAUUGUAUUCUCAGCUGUCUGGAGGGUCUCUUUGAAAUUUUCAACAAAUUUGCGUUUACUCAGGUGGCCAUUUAUGGCAAGCCUUUUGUCACUGCUGCCAAAGAUACUUGGGAAAUGAUCAAAGACCGGGGCGUGGAUGCAAUUGUAAACGACAGCUUGGCCGGCAAUGUCUUGGGCAUGGGCACACUCUCGGUCGCUUUGCUCAGUGGACUCUAUGGUUAUCUCUUUAUCAAGCUUGUUCAGCCUGGUUUUUAUGAAAAGGACGAUGAAACGCUUGUCAUUGUCUUGGUUGUUCUAGUUGAGAUGAUUUUGGGAGCAGCCAUGAUGUCUGUGCCGAACAAUGUGAUUGAUUCCGGUGUCACUACCACGUUUGUAGCCCUUGCAGAGGAUCCACAAACGUUGCACAGGACCAAGCCCGAUCUCUAUCGCCAAAUUGAAGUGCACUAUCCUGGAGUUACCCACAACGUCCGUGGUGAUCGUGUUAUCCGUGAUUAAGCAUAUACGGAUUAAUAGGGAAGAACAAUCCAUUCGGUGCAGCAAUACUUUU